ACGACAGUAUAGCGUAAGUCGGCACGUGACGCAACGUAGUGCGACGCGCAGAGCGCUUGUCGAAGAGCGACAGCCGAUUUUUCGAAAGAAGAAACUCCUUUUCCUGCGAGAAUAAGGAGGGACAAAUUGAUUUCUCGCGAGUGCACAUCCGCGCGGAAAAAUAUGAGUGUUCGCGAGCGCCGGUCUCUCGCAUUACUCAUGAACGCCUGGUGGAUGCGUUGAAAAAAAAAAAAAAUCGGAUUGCCACUUUGGAGGAGCCUUUGCGCCGAUUUAGCGAGAUUGGAAUUCGAGUCUGGACCCUUCCAGGUAGCGUCGGCAUGGCGAGCAUAGCGGCCGCCGGUCUCGAGGUGCACGAGGCGGGUCGGGCGUUGCGCGUGCAAACGGAAGCACCGCAUCUCGUCUCCAUGGGAAGCGGACGACUGUCGACGGCCGUGACUUUGCAUCCUCUACCCGAAGGUAAGAUCACGCUGGGAUCAAGCCGAGAUGCGGAUAUUUUGGUGGCCGGCACCGGCGUCGAGCCCGUACAUUGCGCGAUCGAAAACAAUAACGGCGUGGUCACUCUUCAUCCCAUAAAGGGAAACACGUUUAUUGAUGGUGUACCGAUAAAUUCGCCAGUGAGACUCGCACAAGGCUGCAUGCUAUCGAUAGGACGAUCAAACUAUAUGCGCUUCAAUCAUCCAGCCGAGGCUAAGCAUCUACGAUCUGUCCUUCCUCACUCGAGAAUCUCAAUGGCACCGAUAAGUUUCGCCUUGUCCGAUAAUCAGCCGCAAGAGAAUCAUCACUUGGAGCGAAAGCCACCAGUCGCGCCGCGAAAAUCUCCCAGGAACUCUUGCUCCGACGACGAGAUCGGCUUUCUGGGCAAGCUGACCAAAUUCGAGAUGCUGUCGAAGCAAAACAGAAGCAAUUGCGUCUCGCCGAAGGUCUUUCCUGCCGGCGCUCUCACGACGAAUGUACCGGCCGAUCAAAUCCUCGGUCACUCGAGAUCGUCGAGCCUCGUAUCUUUGACAAAAUCUCCAGUGAAUGGUAAUCUCGACUCACAGAAUUCGAUCAGUUAUCACGACGAGGCUCGUCAGCGAUCGGAUUCGCGAUUCGGAACGCCGACUCGAUCGAACCCAACAAACUUGCAGUGUCAGAAUCACAAUCAAGUCAGAAUGUACUCGGCAGAAACAUACCUGAAGACGUGCAAGCCAUAUUACCGCGAGGGUAACAGCAAGAACGUACGAUCGCCGUCUCUCGGGAUGACGGCGCCAAAAAUCGUCGCCGCCCGAAGCGGCGACUUGAUGUCUCAAAGUAUGACUUGCCAGAACUCGAACGAACUCGAUCAUCUCGCCGACGGGGAUUUCAACAUGAGCCAGAGUCUCAUUGUUACGAAAACGACCACCACGGAAUUUGUACAAUUGGAGAAAUACGGAUCGAAUCCGAGUAUCUGCAAUGCCAAUAACGACGGAGAUUCUAAUCCCGCGAUUUGGAGACCGUCUACCGCUCAUGGUUUCGGCUCGAAUCCGAACAUUAAGCGAAUUCAACCACCGAGCCCGGCAUUCAAUCGGAAUCCGCGGUAUAGCGAGCAAAAGAGAGUUUACGCGAGGGUCAAGAGUCCUACUCCCAGUGUCGGCAGCAGCUGCUCCCUCGAGGAAUUGCGGGAAAGGCAAGCCGACGCGGAGAAUAAACGCAGGGAGGCGGAGACCAAGCGGAAACAAGCGCAGGAAGAGAGGUUGAGGGAGCAAGAGGUCGAGAGGCAAGAGAAAAUGAGACUCGAGGAAAUCUUAACGAUGUGUGCCGAGUAUGAAAGACAGAGCACUGUCGAAAAACCGAGGCAGCAUAAUCGGAUCAUAACAAAUGGAUCUCUCCCGCGUGACAAGAGACUCGGCUACACCUCACCUUUCGACAGUCCGAAAAGUCCGUCGAAAAACCAGCCGCAUUUCUCCUUCGAUACCGGCAAACAAACCAGUUUGGGUACCUCGUCAUAUGAAAACGUAUCCGUGCAAAAUUCAAAAGUUAUUUUUCAAAAUGGCAAUUCGUGCCCUGCCAAUCGUAAAGAUCAUUCUGCUCAAAUUGAAAAUUAUUCGCAUGACGUUCCCGUAGGAUCUCCACAUGCAACAACAUCGAACAGUAAUCAAACGGCAAAGUACUCUAAUGUUUACAAUACAAAUGGCAACUAUAAUUACUCAGGCUCGGUUUCCCGUAGCAGCAAUUACGAAAACGUAAUCAUCGGCAAUAGUAGAAAUAGUUGUACCAAUAAUGAAACCGAUAAUUAUAUAAAGGCUGAUGACAAUACCAAAGGUUCACCGUCCAUGUAUGGAACGAUUCGACGAAACGGAAAGAAAAUCGAAUCGCAAGCGACGCAAAAUGGAAACGCGAAUCUUUACGAAAACAUUACGCUAUCUCCGACGACGCGAAAUAACAAUCAGAAUCAUUCCAUGCCAAAGAAAAACGGCCCAUUAUCGAACUCGUGCGAAAUGAUAGAGAACAAGUUGGCCAUAUCGAACGACGAUCUCCUCGAGGCGAUCGAGCAGCUAUCUAUGCUUUCCAAACCCAAAGAAAUCUGCAUGACUCCUAAGCGAAACAAUUCCGAAAAGGACAACGCAAAAUCUAACGAGGUGAAAGCUGACAAAGAGAGAAAGCAGUUAGAAGAAGAAGACAGGAAGAAAUACAUAGAAUUUUUGCAAAACGAGAAACUGCAUAUACUUGGCAAUAUGGAUGUUUUGAAAAGGAGCGUAGCCGAAAUUGAGAUUCAAGAGGAAGAAAUUAGUAGAGAGCUCGAAUUGGAGAAGGCGCUUUUAUCCGCGGAAUAUGAAUCGGAAUCUUUGAAGCUCACGCAAGACGAGGGAGAGAAGAUUAAGGUGCAGAUGCGAAUAAACGAUUUGGAAAGAGAAAUGGCAGAAGAUAAUGCGACUCAUUCAAAUUUGCAAGCUGAAGCGAAACAGCGUGUUCAAAAAGCGCAGCAAGUUUGCGUUCGACUGGAUGAACAAUUAAUCAGUUGCACGGAUGAAAUUAUACAGCAGAAUAUUGCUGAUAAGUUAGCAGCGCAACAAGACAUCCUCGAGAGCGAAAGGAAAGCUUUCGAAGAUUUGGAGUUUCAUCAUCUCGAGGAAGAGGCGAGCAAAUUGGCCACGAGAGAAGAGCUGCAGAGAUAUUUAAGCGAGCUUACAAACAAGAUCGAAGGCAGAAAGUCGCAACUGAAUCAUUUGGAAUCGCAACGAUCCGAGAUAAAAAAUACAGCGACCAAAGAGGCUAGAUGUCUCGAGAGACAGAAAUUGGGGCAUUUGAAACGAUUAGAAGAAGCUAGAAAUCGGGUACGAGAAAUAAACGAGGAACUCGGUUAUCUGGCCCAAAACUCUAUUGAAUAUUCCGAGGAGAAGCGGUCCCCGAGCAGGGAAGACUUCGACAGAAUCUCUAGAGUGACAAAUGAUUCUCCUAUCGUAAACAAUCAAGGCAGCUUGGGGAGAAAGACAAUCGAGUCCCUGAAAGAAAUUGAGAGAAAUCGGCAGCUUCAUUUAGCUAAGCAAGGGAGUCAAGUAAUCUCGGAGGAAAGACGAAGAGUGGAAGAAUUGAAAAGGCGCGUGCAGGAUGAGGUUCGCUCGCAAUGGGAAGAAAGGAAAAUGAAUUGCGCAUCCUUCAACAGCAUUGAAUCUGGCGAAGAGUCUUCCAGUUAUUCCACUGGACCAACAGAAAGUGGUAGCGGAAGUAGUGACGGUGCGGAAGGCGCAAACAGUGAAAAAUUAUCUCCGAGCAAACUUUCGGAGCUUACUUCUCCCAGUCCAGGACCGUCGAAUAAUUCUUAUACUUUGCUUCAAAAUGAUAACAUGAGAGACGACAGAAGAACAUCGAUGGAAGGUGAGAGGCUUAGCGACAAUAGCGGAGGUGGUAGCGGCGGAGGUAUCAUCGACGAAAACGGAAGUCGCCCCCUUUCUCAGACAUCUAGCGAGAUGGACACCCUUAGCCCAUUGCAGCCUGUCAAACAUCGCGAAAAGGCAAAACUUCAGAGGCCACUUACAAGAUAUCUUCCCAUCAAGUCGGAAUCUCUAGAUCUAAGGCAUCACAUAGAGACUGCCGGGCAUCAAUUACCUCUGAUUUAUGAUGUUACGGUCGACACGACAAGCUGCAGUGGCUAUUUAUCAAAAAUGAGUAAAAAGUUUCAUCAUUGGAACAAGCGAUGGUUUGUGUUCGAUCGCAAGCGAAAAACGCUGUCUUAUUACAGUGAUAACGCGUCUAGAAAGGCUCGCGGUGUAAUUUAUUUCCAGUCGAUCGAGGAAGUCUAUGUGGAUCAUAUGAAUACCGUUCGAUCGCCGCAACCUUCUCUUACUUUCAUCGUCAAGACUUCAUCUAGACUUUAUCAUCUUAUGGCACCCAGCCCAGAAGCAAUGCGUGUUUGGGUCGACGUUGUGUUUACCGGAGCAGAAGGAUAUCAUGAAUUUGAUCACGGCGUUUGAUAAAAGAAUUAUUUAUGAGAAGUAAAACGCACGAAUUCAUGAUAUAGAGUUGAGAGAGAGAGAAUUCUCUGACUCGGUAACAAAUGAAAAUAUAGCGAUUUCUGGUCUUUAAUUAUUUUAUAAGGUUAUUUCAUAAGGAAUUAUGCCUAAAAUAAAAAUAGUUUUCAAUUAAAAACAAUAAAUAAUUACGUCUUGAAAUAUAAGAUAUGAAUAACGUACGAUUAUAUUUUAUUUAAUAUAUCUUGGAAAUAUUUCAAUAAUUUUUCGCUAUAAUAAGAAAUCCAUAUUAGGCAAAAUUCCUGAUAUUAAAAUGCAUUUCCACAUAUAAUAUCAAUGAUCGUAGAAUUGCACAAUGAAAAAGAUCAAUACAUUGAUUUGCGAAAAUAAGAACAAGCGGUGUAAGAAUUGAGCGCUCCUUCAAAAUCAAUGAAGCAUCAAUGCAAAUGAAUGCAGAUUUGAGAUGCAUAAGCUAUUUAUAUAAUCGAAGUACGUUAAGAGAUAUUUUUAUUGAAUAUUAUGAAUUUAAAAGUUCAAACGAAAUCACUGAACUUUACACAUUUUUUUCAUACAAUGAUAAAUUAAAACUACUUUUUGUAGUUUGGCUAGUUUGUAGCUUGUACUUUUGGUCGGUAUCUUUGGCCUAAAUUAUUUUUUCAAGAGUACCAUCCGCGCUUAUCUAAAAGAAAAAUGAAAAAAUUUGCAAAAAAGCAAUUGAGAAUAAUUCAUUCUGUUAAUGUUGAUUCAAAAUCAAGAUUUAAAAUAAGAUUAUUUUUACAGAAUGAGAUUCUUUAAAUCAUUUGUAUUUUGCAGAAGAGCGAUGGAUCUCGGUAAAUAAAUAAGAUAUUUGAAAAAUUAUUUUAAUUGUUUCAGUAUUUGAAGAGUAUAAAAAUUAAAAUGACUUUUGAUAUAUUUAUAGGAAUAAUAUUUUUUUCAAAAUUAUUAAAUUAUUUAUUUUUGUAUCUUGACUUGAAAAUGCACAAAUUUUAUAAAUAAUAAAUAUAAAAUUGUAUAGAGUAUAUAUAUUUUUAUAAAAUAAAUAAUUGAAGAAUAAUAAAGGACACCAACAGAGGCUUUAAAAUUUAAAUCUUUUAUUGAAUGAAAAUAUUUUAUAUCUUUUGUCAAAAACAUAAAUCUUCUAUUUUCGGCCUCUUUUUAAUGUCACUUCAAACACUGAAUUAUAUUUGAGUUAUUUGAAGUAGUGGGCAUUAAUAGUACAUCAAGUAUUAUUCAUUAACAUCCAGAUUAAUUAUAAACGGACUUUUACCAAUCUAAGUAGAUAAGUGUUAUUAGAGUUUGUUAAAUUUUAUAGAUAUUUCUAAUCUAGUCUUCCAGCAUAUAAAUACAAAAAAUUUGUGAAAAGUUAAACAAAACUAAGCAAAUGUAAUAAAAAAAAAAGUACUUUACAAAAAUCUGUAUACUUUCAAGAACUGGAGGAAACAAGCCAAUAUUUGUAAAUAUAUUAUAACAUGUAAUUGUGUCAUUAUUAUGAUGCAUGGAAUUCAUAUUUUAAUAUCAUGCCAUACAUAUAUGCCAAGGAUUAAAUGAAAUAAGAUUUUUUACAAUUUUAUAAAAUCCAUGUGUGUCUUAUGUAAGUUGCAACUUAUUUUAUGUAUGUAUUAUGAAAAAAUCAAUAUCUCAUUUUACAAUUAUAUUAUUUUACAAUUAUAUUAUUUUAAUAGCAUUGCACAUAUUUAAAUAAAUAUGCAGUUUGACUUGCACAGAAAAAUGUCACAUGUCAGAAUGCUUUAUCAUUUAUAUCAUAUGAGAUCUUUAUGUUUAAAAGAUUAUGUAAAAAACAUGUGCAACAGUUAACAAUCCGACAUAGUACAAUGUUAUAUAACUCGAGGAUUUUAAUAAAAUCUGCUGUACUUUUUAAAUCUAAGAUGAUAUGAAAUAUAGAUUUAAACUGA